AUGGGGAGUGGCGAUGCCACUCUCGACUGGUUGUGGUGGGGUCGUUCGAGGUUCGCCAGUGAGGUAUACCGGGUGGUUAGCUAUUGCAAAGCCGCGUUGUGGCCGGCGGCGGAUGGUGGGCGAGGGCUCGCUGCGACCUGCGCCUACGCCAACGCCAUCACGAAAUCAAACGGAGCGGUAAGGACAGCGGUGCCAAUGACAUGCCUGAGUCGACGGGUGGAAUGGGGGGAGUGGGGGCGAGUGGAGGGGGAGUGGGGGGGAGUGGGUGUUGUUGGAGGGAAGCGUGUUAGAGUGAGACGGAAGGUGGCCAGACGCGGGGCGGGGCUCGUCUUGCGCUACGGCGUAUCGCCGACGUACAUAUAUAGA